AUGCCAACCGCCGUUAAACCUCAUAGAAGAAGGAACACUAGAACUGUGCUGUGAAGACGAUAGCUUUUGUAUCCGUUUCAAAUGCAUUACUACAGGAUGACUUGAAUUAAGUCUGAAGUCGGUAACAUCAACAGUGAGGACAAACCCAACCUGCCUCUCUCCUUCCACACUGAAUCCAAACCUACAGUCACUGGGUCCUGAUUGUGACAGUGGAGCCCAGUUUGCACUGCAGGAUCCAGAGAUGGCAUCAGUGAAGCUGGAAGACUGCAGUCAAACACUGGAGCUGAAUGUCAACAUUAAAGAUGAAGAAGAAGAGGAGAAGAUUGGAACAUCUGUUUCUCAUGGAGACCACGUUGAGACAUUCCCUGCAUCCAGACAACAACAGCAGGAAGAUCACAGAGCUAAGAGGUCUCACCACUGCCCACAUUGUGUGGAGAUUUUCCCAUUUCUAUCAAAGCUAAAAGCACACCUAAAAAUACACACAGGAGAGAAGCCUUACUCCUGCUCUGACUGUGGGGUGAGUUUCUCUCGACUGGAUACCUUAAAAACACACCAACGUAUACAUACAGGAGAGAAGCCUUACUACUGCUCUGACUGUGGGGAGAGAUUCUCUCAAAUGAGCAGCUUAAAAGCACACAAACAAGUACAUACUGGAGAGAAGCCUUACUCCUGCUCUGAUUGUGGGAAGUGUUUCUCCCGAUUGGAUACCUUGAAAUCACAUGAACGUAUACAUACAGGAGAGAAGCCUUACUCCUGCUCUGACUGUGGAAAAAGUUUCUCCCGAUUGGAUAACUUAAAAUCACAUGAACGUGUACAUACAGGAGAGAAGCCAUAUUCCUGCUCUGACUGUGUAAAAUGCUUUAAAACAUCAACUGAGCUAAAAGUACAUCAGAGAACACACACAGGAGAGAGGCGUUACUACUGCUCUGACUGUGCAAAAUGUUUUAAAACAUCAACUGAGCUAAAACUUCAUCAGAGAACACAUACAGGAGAGAAGCCUUACUUCUGCUCUGACUGUGGAAAGAGUUUCUCCCGAUUGGAUACCUUAAAAACACAUGAACGUAUACAUACAGGAGAAAACCCUUACUCCUGCUCUGACUGUGUAAAAUGCUUCAAAACAUCAACUGAGCUCAAAGUUCAUCAGAAAACACACACAGGAGAGAAGCCUUAUUACUGCUCAGUCUGUGGAAAAUGUUUUAAAACAUCAAAUGAGCUAAAAGUUCACCAGAGAACACACACUGGAGAGAAGCCUUACGUCUGCUCUGGCUGUGGCAAAAGUUUCUCUCACCAGAGCAACUUAAAAACACACCAAUGUAUACAUUAAGGAGAAAAGCAUUAACAUUAAAACCAGUUAAAGCGAGGCGUCCCUCUCAGAGUCCGCCCCCCCCCCUUGUUCAGCUGAAACCGUGGCGCAGGCAAUGCAAAAAUAUUCUUAGAAAUAUAAUAUCCUCCACACAUUAACAAGUCCAAUACCUCAAAUGAAAGAUAAACACCUUGUUCAUCUACCCAGCAUGUCAGUUUUUUUAAAUGUUCUACGGCGAAAACACAGCACAUAUUUAUAUUAGACCGAACAAAGACAAGAGGCACCGAAACAAAGACAAGAGGCAGCCAUUUUGUCCCAGAAAAUAUAAAAUUAUAAAAGCAGGAUUAAAAAAUAAAUCAUUAACUAACCUUUUGAAAAUCUAAUAAUAUAGUAGGACAUGUUACACAGUACAUUUAUGUUUUUUUCAAUAAUAUGCCAUUUAUAUCCAUAAAUCUCCGUUUACAUUGACGCCAUGUUCAGAAAAUUCUCAAAAAUGUCCGGAGAAAUUAUAGAGAGCUCCGCCAGAUAACAGAAAUAAACAUCAUAAACUUUGACUAAAUAUACAUGUUCUACAUAUAGUUAGAAAGAUACACUGCUUCUUAAUGCAACCGCUGUGCCACAUUUAUUUUUAACGUUACAGAAUUAGUUCACUAUGUAAUAAUCUGAGACGACGCUCAGACGUAAGCAAUAUUUCUCCGCUAUGUUGGAGUCAACAGAAAUACAAAAUUACAACAUAAAUAUUCCCUUACCUUUGAUGGUCUUCGAUCAGAAUGUAGUGGAAGGAGUCAUACUUACCUAAUAUAACGUUUGGUUUCAGUUCGUGUGCCUUUAUAGUAGCAUAUGCUACGAGUUCCAGCUGAAAUGCAUCCAAAAUUACUUCUGGUCCCGAACAGUUGCGCAUCAAAACUUCAAAAUGACAUAAUACGUCGACUAAACUGGUCAAACUAAGUGCAGAAUCAAGCUUUAGGAUGUUUUAAACGUACAAAACAAUUCUCAAAUCUAUCGGACAAUCAUGCUUCUUCUCAGGCAUUCUGGAACAAAGGAAGGUCUGUUCCAAAAAGCGCGCUCUAGCCCCCAUGUAUUUUCUCGCGACACCCACUCUUUCGCCUCCCAAAGGGUCAAAGCUCGCGGGAUUUGCACAAUUAAACGCUCUACUGAAUGAGGACAUCUAGUGGAAGACAUAGAAAGUGUCUCCAGAUCCAUAGCUGGUUGGGAAGGGUGGGGGCGAUGACGUCAAAGUUGCCCCAAGUUUCAGGCUCCCAAAAAUAGUUUGGGAGAUUGCCUGCCCUGUGAGUUCUGCUAUACUUACAGACAUAAUUCAAACGGGUUUAGAAGCUUUAGAGUGUUUUCUAUCCAAUAAUAAUUAUUAUAUGCAUAUAUUAGCAAUUUUGGACAGAUUUUUUUUCAGUUCAUCCAAAGGGGGCAGUAUUCUGCCUAGCCCUAACAGGUUUUAAGGAGAAAAGCCUCAUCAGUUCUCUGACCAGCUAAGAAUAAAGUCACUCCAUCACUUAAUUCUCAUCUCAUAAAAGAAGUUGUAACGUUGAAUUGGAUCAAAUGAAGAAAGCAGAGAACACUGUAAUCCUAUUGGUUCUCACUGUGAGAGAACUGUACAGAGGAAAGGGAGUGUUAUAUAAUGUUAGCCUCUCUUUACAUUACCAAUCAGUGUGCACCUUGUCAGUUUUAGUGUGUUUUGUUUUGUUAGCUUCUACUGUAAAGAUUUGCACUUGGUGUUGAAUACCCUGUUAUUCUUCUCAUUUUGAAAUAAAACAGUCUGCCAAUUGACUGGGUGGUACUGCUUCCCUCUCAGCCUGGUCUGACUCUGUCUGUAGGGAGAGUUUCAACUGGGCAGCUUAAAAACACACCAACGUUUACACGUAGGAGAGAAGCUUUACUCCUGCUCUGUGGAAGGGUGGGCGUGUAAACUCAAACGUCAUGCCAAAGGUUGCGUUUUUGAAUCUCAUCACGGAGAAUUUUAGCUAAUUAGCAACUUUGCAAGUACUUACUAAUUUUUAGCUAUGUCAGCAUGUUAGCUAACCUUUCCCCUAAAACCAUUUAACCCCUCACCCCUAACCUAGCUAACGUUAGCAACAACAAAUUGGAAUUCGUAACAUAUCUUACAUAUUACAAGUUCGUAACAUAUUGUAUGAAUAACAAUGCGUAUAAUAACAUAUGAAUUGUAAUUCUUAACAUACGAUACGUCCUUCAAGUCGUAUUAUACUGAACAACAAUCUAAACACAACCAUUUCAAAGAUUUACAGUUUGUAUAAGGAAAUCAGUCAAUUCAAAUAAACGAGGCCCUAAUCUAUGGAUAUUAUAUGACUGGGCAGAGGCUCAGCCAUGGGUGGGACUUGGGAGGGCAUAGCCCCACUUGGGAGCAGAAUGAGUUUUUCCCCACAAAAGGUCUUUAUUACAGACAGAAAUACUACUCAGCCCCCUCAGACAAUCCUGCAGGUGAAGAGGUCCUGGGCUGCCGUGGUUACAUGUGAUCUGCAGUUGUGAGGCUGGUUGGAUGUACUGCCAAAUUCUCUAAAAGGACAUUAGAGGUGUCUUAUGGUAGAGAGAUAAAUAUUGAGUUCUCUGGCAACAGCUCUGGUGGACAUUCCUGCAGUCAUCAUGAGAAAUGCACAUUCCCUGAACUUGAGACAUCUGUGACAUUGUGUUGUGUGGCAUUUUAUUGUCCCCAACACAAGGUACACCUGUGUAAUGAUCAUGCUGUUUUAUCAGCUUCUUGAUAAUCUAUACCUGACAGGUGUGGCAUAUCUUGACAAAGGCUAAAAUGCUCACUAACAGGGACAUAAACAAUUUUGUGGAACGUAACAUACUAAAUGGAGUGGCACGGAUGUUUUUGUAACAUAAAAUACAUUUUGCUCUGAGACCAGGUUGUCCCUCGGAAGGAGUUAGUAGACGCUUAAAAAAAAUGUUUUAACCUUUAUUGAACUAGGCAAGUCGGUUAAGAACAAAUUCUUAUGUUCAAUUAUGGCCUAGGAACAGUGGAUUAACUGCCUUGUUCAGAGGCAGAACAACAGAUUUUUACCUUGUCAGCUCAGGGCUUCAAUCAAGCAACCUUUUGAUUACUGGCCCAACGCUCUAACCACUAGGCUACCUUCCGCCCCUAACAUGUAUCAGAUAGAGAUGGUGUGAUGAUCACUUUUCACCACUAGUUUGGGGGGGAUUAGUUUACAACUUUAUUUAAUGAUACAGUUUACAUAGUUUAUGAAAUGAAUCCAUGUGUUUAUUAAUUGUCUUUAAAACUAGAUGAGUUAUUUUAGUUACUGAUCAUGAAUGUGUUUGGAUAACUGCAUUGAAGCAAACUUUAUUGAUCUGCCAAUGAAAAAUAAAGUUACAUGAAUAUGUACUGGUCAA